AUGGUUGAGAUACAAGGUACAUUCUGUAUUUGUUCAAUGGCCCGUUUCAUUUGCAAAGGGCUACUGCCCACAAGGCCUGUAGCUUCUACUAGGGCUUAUGGCCUUUCUUUCUCAACUUCAUCUCUCAAACCCACCUUAGAUUGCUCAAUUUCAACUUGCCCACAAUCUCCCACAGUCUCUUACCUCGUAAACUCAUGUGGGUUGUCCUUAGAAUCUGCUAUUUCAGCUUCUAAGAAUCUUCAGUUUGUAACCACAGACCAACCAAACUCAGUCUUGACCGUUUUGGAGUCCAUCGGGCUUGGCAAAUCCCACAUCAGAAAUUUGAUAAUCAAGCGUCCGCUGAUACUCCUGGCCGAUGCAAACAAAACCCUAAAACCCAAUGUGGAAGUGUUCGGUUCUCUGGGAAUUUCUGGCACUGACCUCCGGAAAUUACUCAUCAAAGACCCACGUUUUUUUGAAGUGGACGCGCAUUCGACUGUUGAGUUCUUUAGCGCUUAUGGAUUUACUAAAGAACAGAUUUGUAUGUUAACCAUGAAACACCCGCAGUUGUACUGGUACAAUGCACCCAGAAAUUUUAAGCCCAAAAUGGAGUACUUUAAAUCUUUGGGGUUUUCGGAUGCAGAAAUUGUCCAGAGUUUGUUGUAUGUACCUUAUGUUUUGGGUAGGAGCCUUGAAAACACGAUUAUCCCUUCUGUUCAAUUUAUUAAACGUAUUGUAGGCACGGAUGAAAAUGUCUUAAAAGCAAUAAAGGCGAGUUAUCGGCUAUUUGAUUUGGGGAAGGUACGAGAGCCAAACAUUGCAAUCUUGAUAAACCAUGGAGUGCCUAAGCCGUUAGUCUUGAAAUUUAUCACGUCGCGAUCGAGGUCUCUGGUUUUAAAUACUCAUCAAUUUACUAAAGUUGUAGAGGAAGCUGACAAGCUCGGUUUUGAUCCUACAAGUAUGCUGUAUCUCUUAGCUGUCAAUUCACUGGCGACGAUAAACAAAUCACUAUGGGAACGAAAAUCAGGAGUUUAUUGCAGUUUUGGGAUGUCAGAGGAUCAGAUUCUUUCAGCUUUCAUAAGGCAACCCAUGUUUAUGUUGACAUCAGAGAAGAAGAUUAGGAAACUGAUGGGGUUCUUUGUGAAUGAGUUGAAGAUAAUUCCUUCGGUGAUUUCCAAGAGCCCAAAACUUAUGCUGCUAAGCUUGGAGAAGAGGCUUGUUCCAAGGUGUUCAGUCCUACAACUACUGAUGUCAAAAGGUGCAAUUAUUAAGGGGGAUUUUAGCCUAGUCCAUGCACUCGAAAUGACUCAUAAGAAGUUUGAGGAGAGGUACGUGAGCGAGUAUCAGAAUGUGAUUCCUGAAGUUGUUGAGGCUCGUCAGGGCAAGAUUCCGUUUCAAGGUUUUCCCAUUUGA